UUUGAGUGAAAGAAAAAGGCAUAUUGUGUCCCACGAUGAAAAUGUAGUUGAAAGUUUCCAAAUCUCGUUAAAUAUUCGGUGUGGGAGGGUGUGUAGAUAAAAUGGAGGGAAAUGUAAAGAGUGAGGAAACCUCGAGGGACUUGAUUACUAUAAAAUUGUUUUAUUUCAAGGGUUAAAGAGGCGACGAGCACUUUACCAAAGAUUAGGGUUUCAAGAGGAGCGAUGGUGCGUAUGGAAGGAGCGUUGAUGGGUGAAGAAUGUGAUGCUUGGUGUUGGUAUCUGGAAGAUGUAUUUUUGCUGCAUACACCUGAUGAGCCUGACUGGGUGAGACCGAAUCAUGUCAUUGAGAACGAGAAAAACAAGGCGCUUCAGCUCACACCCAAACAAGAAUGUGACUUGAUUAAUGAACAGAUAAAAGCCAGCGAGGGCUUCGAUGUUGAUUGGACCAAGGCCCGCUGCCUUUACAAUUACCAUCCUGUUGUGUUCGAUGAUGAUGUAUUUGUCGAGGAGCCCGAAACCAAUCUUGAUCUACUCAACAGGCUCUGUGAAAAAUCCAUUGGUCACUACAAUCAGGAAAACAUGACAGCAUAUGAAUUUGUCAAGCCUCUUUAUGCCAAUUGUCACGGGUGUACUGGGAUCAUGUUCCUCAUAACUUUCCAAGUCAAGGAUCCUGUUGAAAACCUCACAAAAGACUUCCAAGCUAGGAUUCAUUACUCUUAUUGUAGCAAGAGCCAGUUCAUCAUGUGCAGACCAAAACACCACCAAGCAGAUAGCCUUGGAGUUGCCGAGAAUGACCCCAAGAAGCCAAGACUGGAGUAGGAUGCUCCCUCUACUCGUGACAGAACUUACUAUCGACUCUUGGUUAUGUUUCUAUUACUAUUUGUAGACUGUUGUUGUUGUCUUCUUGUAAGCAAAGAUACCUGUAGCGAACCUUCUAUCUCUCUACAUUGUAAGUGGCUAUUUUCUUUUAGACUCUUUGUUAUAUUUUAUUUAAUUACCAUCUCGAAAA